AUCAUUUCCAAGAUAUCUAAAUGUUUUCUUAAAAAAGUUCUCUUAGGCCCGGUUCCACAACUCACGGUUAACUCGACUUAACCGAAGUUCAACUCGUUAAACUCGGUUUAUCGCAUUUAUGGCGUUCCACAACUGACUUAAACCUUCGUUAACAUUCACUUGCCUCGGUUAAAGAUAAACCCCCGAUGUUGGGCGUUUAACCAAUUUAACCGAGGUUUACGACUGAGGUUGGCGCCACUGGAAUUACCAACUUUUGAAAGUUUUACAAAUAACAAUCUCUUUUGGGGUUAUGUAUUGCCGUGUGCUUCGUGUGUUGAAUUGAGGAAAGGGAGUAUUGUAUUUUACAAAAUAUAUUGGAAAGUAUUCCUAAGAUUCAUUGAAAGUUUAUAUAAAAUAUGGCCUUUGCACAUGUAUUAUCGUCAUCAGACGAUGAAGGUUUUGCUGAUAUUAUUAAUCGAAGAGUACGUAAUGUUAGAAGACGAUUUGCUCAUUUUCACGAGUUUGACGAUGUAGAUUUUCACGCUCGAUUUAGAUUAUCGAAAGAAUGCGUUACUGAAGUGUUGGAAGCUAUUGAACCCGAAAUUUCACAUCGAACACAACAGAACAAUGUUAUUUCUCCCAUGAACCAACUGCUCCUGACGUUGAGAUUUUAUGCUACUGGCAGCCACUUAAUAUCGGCAGGUGAUUUUUCUGGAGUGAGCAAAACGAGUGCUCACAGAAUUGUCCACCGUGUAACAAAUGCUAUUGCUCGUCUUCGGCCAAGGUUUAUAAAAUUUCCUACUCUUGCGGAUGAAAUAAAAACCGAGCAAAUAAAAUUCUUUGACAUUGCACGAUUUCCAAGAGUUGUGGGCUGCAUGGAUUGCACUCACGUAAAAAUCCAGUCAUUUGGUGGAAAUGAUGCAGAAUACUUCAGAAAUCGAAAAGGUUACUUUUCGAUCAAUGUCCAAGCGAUUUGUAACGCUAACUUGGAAAUAACGGACCUUGUAGCUCGUUGGCAAGGAUCGGUGCACGACACCACAAUUUUCAACAAUUCCAGGAUCCGUGCUCUAUUUGAGGCUGGAAUGUUUGGAGAUGCCCUACUCUUAGGUGAUGGUGGUUAUCCUGUUCGGCUCUAUUUAAUGACGCCUCUACGCAAUACAGAAACUCGUGCACAGGAACUUUAUAACGAGUCGCUUAUUAGAACACGCAAUACCAUUGAGCGUGUGUUCGGAAUAUGGAAAAGACGGUUUCCAAUUUUGGCACUGGGUUCUCGAUUUUCUAAAGUCGAAAGAGUACUACCAGUCAUUGUAGCAACUGGCAUAUUACAUAACAUUGCCCGGCGUGCUAGAGAUCCAUUACCACCAGAUGAUCCUGCAUUACAGUUGCCUGCACCGUGGGAAGAAAUUUUGGAACAGGGAAAUGUACCACUCAUGAAUGAUGCACCUGGUAAUGAUAAUCAUAUACAGAACAUACUAAUCAACGAUUAUUUCCGCAGCUUGCUGUAGAAUAAAUAACCCUCUACUGUGGGAAAAAAUUAAAAAAUAUGCUGAAAUUAAUUUUAUGCAUAUAACGGUGCAUUUCAACAUUUGUACAGAAUUUGUAACAAUAAAUUUGAAUAUUUUUUC